AGGAAGGAGAGGAUUUGUUCAUGUGGUGGUGGUGUGUGAUGAGUUUAAAAAUCUUUAGCAGGUCGAUUAAUGGAUGUGUACAUCGUUGUGUAAUUUGUUUGAGACGAGUUUGUAUUAGAGAAUGUAAGAUGACAAAUCUAAUAUUUCAUAGGAACAUUUGUUGCCUCUCUCCUUAACACAGAUCUUGUAUAUUUGUAACUUCUGGAUUUUAAAACAGCUUGUGAGAGGCGCAGCUACUGAAACCGAAAAUAGCCUCGUCUCAAAAGUUCAGUGGUAUCAGGACUACAGAGCCACCGCAUCAUGGAAAAUGGAAAAAAUUACUUCGUCGUUGGGUGGAGAGGGCAUUUUUGUGCACAUGAACGAAACUGUGUUACUGAAGGAAAAAUACAACCGUAGUCGUCAGCGAGCCAACAAUGUUUGGGUAAUUGGUUUAUAUGACACCUGCCUACAAAAAGGAUUCGUGGAGAGAAUACCAAAUAGAAAGGCAAAUACUUUAAUACCUAUUAUUACUAGACCUGUGGGACAGGAAUCAAUAGUGAAUACGGAUGAACGGAAAGGUUAUAACUCUCUGUUAUCUCUUGGAUAUUCAUCACAGAGUGGACCAUUCCAGUGAUUUUGUGGAUGCCAUUACGGGGACACACAUCAAUUAUACAGAAGGAUUUUGGGGAAGUUUGAAAAAUAGGAUUAGGGCUAUAAAUGGAUCUUAAAAGGAUCUCAUUUAUA